CAUAGAGGAGGCUGCACCAAGGUGGCCUAUAAAUAGUUUCCCCUGGCUGCCCCACUCAGUACUCAUCUUCCCCCUUCCAUACCUCCAAGGUUCAGCAGCUGCUCUGAAGUGAUGGCCCUGGGACUCCUGUGUCUGGGACUCAACCUGCUGGGGGACUUGCAGACACAAGCCCAGGAGGACAUCACCCUGACCCUGAACAUGGGACCAAAUCUGAAUGAGGCUCCCCUACAGUAGGCAGGCUUCCAGGAAGACCAGAAUCAGUAGCUUCUCUCAGGCCAUGGCCUUGGGUCUCCUGUGUCUGGGCCUCAUCCUGCUGGGGGGCCUGCAGACAAAGGCCUUUUUUCCAGACAUGAUCAAGAUCCCACCUUUGAACAAGGUUCCCUUCCAGCCAGACUUCCAGGAUGACCAGUUCCAGGGGAAGUGGUACUCCUUGGGAGUGGCAGACAACACAAUUCAGAAUGGAAACGGAAGUCAGUUAACAAUGUACAGUGUCAACUACGAGCUGCAAGACGACCACAGCUUCAAUGUGAACACCUCAAUGCUCAGGGACGAGGUCUGUGAACACUCUGUGGAAACUCUUUUCCCUGGCUUCCAACCCGGCCAGUUCACUUUGGGCAACUUGACAAGUUACCGUGGAGUCAUGAGCUACAUCGUGAGAGUGGCAGCCACCAACUACAGUCAUUUUGCCAUGGUUUAUGUGGAGAAGAUUGUCAGAUUCAAGUGGUACUACAAGAUGACCCUCUACGGGAGAACCAAGAAGCUGAGGCACAAAUUGAAGGAGCGCUUCAUCAAAUUUACCACUUCUUUGGACUUCACUAAGGACAACAUUGCCUUCUCUGUCCCAAUUGGGGAGUGCAUUGAUGGCUGAGUAGACACCCAACCCUGAAGACCAGUCAUCUUUACCUUGAUCCGACCUCUUAGGGGCCUCCUGUGUCUCCUCCUCCUGUUCUUACUGUCACCAGUGCCUAAAUUUGGCUGCCACAUCAGCAACAAUGCCGUGGAGAGAGUUAGAAGAUGCUUCUUACAGUGCAACGCUGCCCACUCAUCACCCCAAAAGCCACCUCCCUGAUGGAGCCCUGCUUUCUGGGCUAAAUAAACA